AUGAAAUUCUUCACCCUUCUCGGUUUUGUCUCCCUUGCUCUGGCGCUCACCACCAAGCCAGUUGAACGCGAUGUCAAAGAAGACACCAAACAUCCUUCCAUUGGAGAUGUUAAAUACAGCAAGAUUGACGGUACAGACGUUGGAUCAAUCAAAGUUGCCAGGUCAAAUGUCCAAGAACGAGGUGUCGUCAGCCUUGAGAGGCGUCUUGAAGGCAUUCAUGUUCCCUACGGCGUUGCGGAUCCUCAACCCAUGCUUAUAGCUGGAGUCACUAUCUCAUUCAUCAUGGUUGGAAAGUGGGUGAGACAAGGAGGUCAUAAUGUUUACACCUACGUCUGCAACGGCCUGAAAUUCUCGAACCCUACUUCCCGGAACAAGCUUGUUACUGUCGUGGCUAAUGGAGUUGCUCUUCUGAGAAACCAGCCAGUCCCGUCUCAUUUGGCCGCUCAGGUUGGUGCGCCCUCAGAGGGGUAUGGUAAUGAGAUUUCCAUCACAGUUGGAGACUCUUAG